AUGUCUGGAAUGUGGGCGAUUAACAGCGGUGCAACACACCACAUCUGCUAUGAUAAGUCCAAGUUCGAAUUUCUGGACGAGCGCAAUGAAGGUGAAGUGUUGCUUGCAGAUGGGAACAAGGCUGCGAUCAACGGUGUCGGGACAAUCGUCGAAAAUGUGAUCCUGUCAACGGUUAAGAGCGCGAAGUCGAAAUUAAAAACGCGCUUUACGUCCCAAGAAUGA